AUGAGCGUUCCCCACCCUUUGGAUGCUCUCACCGUCAAUGAGAUCAAGCGUGCUAGUGACAUCGUCUUGAAUGCCCGCGGCAAUGCAUUGAUUGAAUUCCGUUCCAUCUCCCUUGAGGAGCCUCCCAAAGCUCAGCUCCAGCCUUUCUUCGAGCUUGAAGCCCAGGGUAAACUUACCUAUCAAACUCCUCGUCCCGCACGACAGGCAUCCAUCAAGUACGAUGUUGUAUGUGAAGACCGGAGCCGAGACUAUAUGGAGUCUCUUGUCGACGUCAAUACCGGAAAGGAGACAAAGCACCGGGUUGUUGACAAGAGACACCAGCCCAGCUUGACCUUGGAGGAGUUUGAAGCUUUCCAGGAUGCCUGCACCGCGUCCCAGCUUUUCAAGGAUGAAUUGGCCAAGUACAAGCUGCCUGAGGGCUUCGUUGUCACUAUUGACCCCUGGCCCUAUGGCGGUCCUGACCCGGGCGAGAUCUACCCCCGGUAUACUCAGGGACUCUGCUUUGCCCGGGACGCACGCAAUGGCAACCCUGACUCGAAUCACUACGGCUACCCGUUGCCCAUGAUCCCCGUCAUGGACACUUAUAAGCAAGAAAUUGUGCGCAUCGACAAGCUCGCCACCGGCGGCACCGAGGACGGCCUCCGGUACGACACCACGCAGCGGAACAUUCUCGACCACUGCGCUCCUGCCGAGUACGUGCCCGAACUUCUCGAGGGCGGUCUUCGAACAGAUCUCAAGCCUCUCAACGUGAUCCAGCCCGAGGGACCUUCCUUCAAAGUCAGCGACGAGAGCGUUGUCGAGUGGCAGAAGUGGCGGUUCCGGGUUGGCUUCAACCCGCGCGAGGGUGCCACUCUCCACGACAUUCGUUAUGAUGGCCGCAGUGUCCUAUACAGACUGAGCAUCAGCGAAAUGACCGUCCCAUACGGUGACCCCCGACCCCCAUUCCACCGCAAACAAGCCUUUGAUUUUGGCGACGCCGGCGCCGGCCGAGCUGCCAACAACCUCGAACUUGGCUGCGACUGUCUCGGACUGAUCAAGUACUUUGACGCCGUCAUGGUGGACACAUCAGGCGCACCCAGCGUCUCCAAGAACGUCAUUUGUCUGCACGAGCAAGACAACGGGAUCGGAUGGAAACACACCAACUACCGAACCAACCGCGCCGUCGUCACGCGCUACCGCGAACUCGUUAUCCAAUUCAUCAUCACGCUCGCCAACUACGAGUACAUCUUCAUGUACAAGUUCGACCAAGCAGGCGGGAUCGACAUUGAGACGCGCGCCACGGGAAUCGUCUCCGUCGUCAACAUCGACCCGGGCAAGACCUCUCCCUGGGGCAACGUCGUGUCUCCCGGCGCACUGGCGCAGAACCACCAACACGUCUUCUGCCUGCGCAUCGACCCAGCCAUUGACGGGCCGCGCAACACCAUUCUCAAGGAAGAAUCUCUACCCAUCCCCAUGACCCCCGAACUCAACCCCUUUGGCAACGGCUACGAAGUGCGCCGCACCCCCAUCACGCGCUCCUCCUUCCUCGACGCCUCCCCGCAGACCAACCGCGUCAUCAAAAUGAUCAACCCCCACAAGCUCAACCCCAUCUCCGGCCGCCCCAUCGGAUACAAAUUCACCCCGACCGCCAGCCAGCUUCUGCUCGCCCACCCGGACAGCAUCCAGGCCAAGCGCGCCCAGUUCGCCCAGCACCACGUCUGGAUCACCAAGCACCGCGACGGCGAGUUCUGGGCCGGCGGCGAAUUCACCAACCAGAGCCAGGCCGAAGUCGACGGCGUCGCGGACGCUGUCGCCCGCGAUGAAAACGUGCAAGACGACGAUGUCGUCGUCUGGAAUGUCUUUGGUCUCACGCACAAUCCCCGUGUCGAGGACUGGCCUGUCAUGCCCAUGGAGUCCCAUUCGGUCCAUCUCCGCCCCGUCGACUUUUUCACGCGGAACCCCGCAAUCGAUGUCCCCGGAAGCAAGAACUUGUCGUCCGUCCUCGCCCCGGGGAGUAAACAGGGCGAUGGCAGCUCGUGUUGCUCGGGCAAAGUCCAGUCCCAGCCGACAUCGCAUGGUCAAGGUCAGGGCGAACUAAAGCCCCAGGAUGGAACUCAUAAGUUGUGA